CCUACUGUCAACCGACAGCCGAGGUUUUCCCCCCGCCUCCAUCCAUCUAAUGUAAGCAACAUUGGAUUGACAGCAUCAAUCCUAGCAGCACACCACCUGGACUGAUCCAUACUACCUCCUGCUCGUAGACCAAACCAUGGCUGUCAACAACUGGGUCUGGUUCGGACCACUGUCCUUCCUGGUCGCCCUGUCCGGCAUCUUCUACGCAUACCCAUACCCGGUGUUGAAUCUGUACGGGGGCCGCGACACGGAUGCAAGGGUCCAUACGACGUGGCUGCAUCACGGCCCGUUGAACAACGACAAAUGCUGGACGAAUCCUCUUGGUAAAGCGUGUGAGGACGUGCGCAUCCACCACGAAUCGGCCACGGCAUUCCUAGCAUGCGGCUACCCCGAGACCCGAGAGGCCUUCUACCCGCCCUUGAACCGCCACGACACCGUGAGUGCCGAGACCUACCAGGAGUACUUUCUGAAAUAUGACAUCAAGAAAGACAAGGCCACCAAGCUGAAGAUCGAGGGCAUCGACGCCUCGUACGACCUGGUCUUGCACGGCAUUGACCUCUUCAUGCCCGAGGGCGACGACUCCAAGAUCUACGUCUUCGCCGUCAACCACGGCCGCAAAGGCGAGACCAUCGUGCUGUUCUCCCACACCCUCGGCUCCGACGUGUUGACGUAUGUCCGCGAAUUCAAGCACCCGGCCGUCAAGACGCCCAACGCCGUGGCCGCGACGAGUCUGAGCUCCUUCUUCAUCACCAACGACCACUACUUCUACGGCGGCGGCCCGCUGGCCACCGUCCUCCGCAGCCACGAGGACCACUGGGGUCCCUGGAAAUGGGCCACGGACGUCGUCUACUGCAACGCCUCGUCGGACGCCUCGUCGGCCGAGAUCGACUGCCGCACCGUGUCGCCGCCGAACGCGCACCCGAGCGCCAACGGCGCGCUGCUGGUCGACGGCGGCAAGACGUUGAUGAUCAACGAUGUGGUCGAGGCGACGACCACGAUUUACGACGUCGACCCGGAGACCAAGGCCCUGACGGUGCGGAAGAAAGUCCAACUCGGCGCCUCGGCGGAUAACCUCUCCCUCAUACCCGGGACAGAGGACAUUGCAGUGUGCAUCUUCCCCGACGUCGCGGCCCUGAGGACCCGCCUGAGCGCCGAACACCUGCUCGACUACUCCAUGAAAGGCGAGGCGGCCAUCCUGCGCCUGGUCAAGGCGCGCGACUACGAGCCCGAGCUGCUGUACUGGGACGACGGGUCGCUGAUCACCGUGCUGACCGGCGCGGCCGUGGACCCCGUGCACGGCAAGGUCAUUGCCGGCGGCGUCGUCGAGCGCUACUUCAUCGUCUGCGACAUCGAUACGUAGGGAGGUGACGACGAUGAUGCGAAGGAGGAAAGGGA